GUUGCCACUGUGGUAACCUCCCACCUCCCUUUAUUAUAAAACCCACCCAAGUUGUUGUUGGUUCCCACAAACUCACUUCACCUGUUUCGUGCAAAAACAAGUUGUCUCUCUACACUCCCUCAUUUUCUCUCUCUAGCUUUUUAGAGAGAGAAAGAUCAUAUCCCAGAAGAAGAAGAAGAAGAAGAGUCUGAAAACAUGGAGAAGAAGAGAUUUGGUGUGUUGAUGUGCGCAGAGGAUUCAGAGUACGUGAAGAAAGUGUACGGAGGAUAUUCUGGAGUUUUCGUGAGAAUGCUGGCGGAGGAGGGAGAGACAUGGGACGUGUACAAGGUGGCGUGUGGGGAUUUUCCUGAUGAAGAUGACUUGGGUCUCUAUGAUGGCUUUGUGAUCACUGGGAGUUGCAGUGAUGCACAUGGCAACGACACAUGGGUGAAUGAUCUCCUCAACUUGCUCCGCAAACUCGAUUCCAUGAACAAGAAAAUCCUCGGAAUUUGCUUCGGCCACCAGAUACUUGGGCGUGCAUUGGGAGGGAAGGUGACUCGUUCUCCUACUGGAUGGGACCUUGGUGUCAGAACCAUAACACUGUCACCAUCUUUGCCAUUUGCUUUGAUUUCUCUUGAUCUUCCAUCAAGGCUUUCCAUUAUCGAAUGCCACAGGGAUGAGAUCCGAGAGCUACCUGCCAAGGCAGAGGUGAUUGCUUGGUCGGAUAAGACUGGAAUUGAAAUGUUUAGGUAUGGAGAUCACAUUAUGGGAAUCCAAGGUCACCCUGAGUACUCCAAAGACAUUCUUUUUCACCUUAUUGAUCGUCUCAUUCAACGCAAUUACAUCAUAGAUGUUUUCGGUAAGCAAGCAAGGGACAGGGCUGCAUUGUGGGAGCCAGAUAGGGAAGCUUGGAAGAAACUCUGUGUCACUUUUUUGAAGGGUCGAUUGUGACAUAAAAAUGGCAUUGAAAAGAGGAGUUAUAGUUCUGCUAAGAAGCGAUAAUAUUAAAAAGUAGUCGUAUGGAUGAGGGUGAUCGAUCUAUACAUAAAAGUUAUAGGUUGGUGGCACUAAUGUGAUCUGGCAUAUAUAUGCACGGCUUUGCACUGUUAAUUAUUAGAUGGCUUUGUUAGGUUGCCAGCCAUUAAGUGUUGAUGGGGCAUUCUAUCUAAGCUCAACUAAAUCAAUGAUCAAAUAAUUAUAUACAGCAAUAAAAUGUUUCACUUUUCUCCCCCGUUUAA